AUGCAGAGUGUUGAUCAUAAAGCUAACGAAACACCUAUUACAUUAGAAAAAGAUGCUGACAAGGCAUCAACUGUGAAAGGAAGCACUGCAGUAGAGAGAGAACGUACAACUGUGACUAUGAUCGAUGCAGGUAAUGCCGAUGAAGAAGAACUUCCCGUAACACCCAAUGAUGAUCCAACAAAGAUAGAUGAAAUGACUGAAGAUUUGAUUCCUGUGAGUUUAGAUGAUGAAUCCGAGGCUUACUAUGAUUCUAACCUGGACAAAGGAAUGGAUGAUAGUAAUCCAGUGGAUUAUUAUGAUCAAAACCAAAUGGAUGAGGAUGACGAGGAUAACCUGGACACCAGCAAUAUAGAGGAAUCACUGGAGCUGCCCGAUACACCAAUAUACAUUUCUGCACCAGAAGAAGACGACAGUCAUUUCUUUUUUUAUCUGGUUGUAGCUGCCUUUCUGGUUGCGAUCAUUUACAUCACCUACCACAACAAAAGAAAGAUUUACAUUCUCCUAGUCCAAAGCAGACGAUGGAAGGACGGUCUUUGCUUGAGGGUAGUUGAAUAUCAGCGGUUGGACCAAAAUGUACAUAAUGCCAUGCCAUCACUUAAGAUUACAAAGGACUAUAUUUUCUAA